GGGUGGUUCUUUUGCCUCGUUCCUGAUGACAAUUUUAAUGGCGGCCAUUUGUAGAUAAUUUAGCCGACUGCUGUCUAUUUCUUACACUCUCCGGAAGUACUGAUUUUAUUGGAUGUUAUUCCCUAUUUGCGAAAGUUGAGGGUGUGAAGACAAACUAAAGAAUGCCGACAGUCAAAGGAGAUGGCAUGAGGGGUCUGGCAGUUUUUAUAUCUGACAUAAGGAACUGUAAAAGUAAAGAAGCUGAGAUAAAGAGAAUCAACAAAGAGUUAGCUAAUAUUAGAUCCAAAUUUAAAGGAGACAAAACAUUAGAUGGCUACCAAAAGAAGAAGUAUGUGUGCAAGCUUCUCUUUAUCUUCCUUCUGGGCCACGACAUUGAUUUUGGUCACAUGGAGGCAGUCAACCUUCUCAGUUCCAACAAAUACACAGAGAAACAGAUUGGUUAUUUGUUUAUUUCUGUGCUGGUUGGAGCUAGCAAUGAGCUGAUGAAGCUUGUCAUUCAAUCCAUCAAGAAUGACCUGACCAGCCGCAACCCAACCCAUAUCAACUUGGCACUUCAUUGUAUGGCCAACAUUGGCAGCCGUGAGAUGGCAGAUGCUGUAGGCUCUGACAUACCAAAAUUACUUGUUUCAGGUGACACUAUUGAUUCAGUUAAACAAAGCGCUGGUUUAACAUUACUGCGUCUACUUAGGGCAUCCCCUGACAUGAUUCCUAUUGGAGAGUGGACAUCCAGGAUCAUACAUUUACUUAAUGACCAACAUAUGGGUGUUGUGACAUCUGCAACCAGUUUGAUUGAAGCUCUGGUCAGGAAGAAUCCUGAAGAAUAUAAAGGCUGUGUCUCAUUGGCAGUUUCAAGACUUAGCAGAAUAGUGACAUCAUCCUACACAGACCUGCAAGACUACACUUAUUACUUUGUCCCUGCUCCUUGGCUGUCUGUGAAACUACUGAGACUUUUACAGAACUACCCACCUCCAGAAGAUCCAAGUGUUCGAACUCGAUUGACUGAGUGCUUGGAAACCAUUCUGAACAAAGCCCAGGAACCUCCUAAAUCUAAGAAAGUUCAACAUUCUAAUGCCAAGAACGCUGUGCUGUUUGAGGCCAUUAACUUAAUUAUUCACAUGGACAGUGACCCGAACCUCCUAGUCAGAGCCUGUAACCAGCUGGGUCAGUUCCUGCAACACAAAGAAACAAACUUAAGAUACCUCGCACUAGAAAGUAUGUGUUUAUUGGCUACAUCAGAGUUUUCUCAUGAAGCUGUUAAGAAACACCAGGACACAGUUAUUACUGCACUCAAGACUGAGCGUGAUGUGAGUGUCAGACAAAGGGCAGUAGACUUGCUGUAUGCAAUGUGUGAUAGAAGUAAUGCUGAAGAGAUUGUGGGAGAAAUGUUGGAAUAUUUGGAAUCUGCUGACUACUCCAUUAGGGAGGAAAUGGUGCUAAAAGUGGCUAUAUUGGCAGAGAAGUAUGCUGUGGACUAUACCUGGUACGUGGAUGUAAUACUCAACCUAAUUAGAAUAGCUGGUGACUAUGUCAGUGAGGAGGUAUGGUAUAGAGUGAUACAGAUUGUCAUUAACAGAGAUGAUGUCCAGGGUUAUGCUGCCAAAACAGUAUUUGAGGCACUUCAAGCUCCAGCUUGUCAUGAGAACAUGGUGAAGGUGGGUGGCUACAUUCUUGGAGAGUUUGGUAACUUGAUUGCUGGAGACCCUAGAUCCAGCCCUCUGGUACAAUUUCAGCUGCUUCAUUCCAAAUACCAUCUUUGUAGCCCCAACACAAGAGGUCUACUGUUGUCUACUUAUAUUAAAUUUAUUAACCUUUUCCCUGAAAUUAAGACCAGCAUUCAGGAGGUCCUGGGCAGUGAUAACAAUUUGAGGAACCCUGAUGUGGAAUUGCAACAAAGAUGUAUUGAAUACUUACAACUGAGCACAGUUGCCUCCUCAGAUGUUUUGGCUACAGUGCUGGAAGAAAUGCCACCCUUCCCAGAAAGAGAGUCUUCAAUAUUGGCCAAGUUGAAGAAGAAGAAACCCACAGCUGCCCCAGAAGGAGAAACCAAAGAGAAAGAGCAUCGGGCCAUCCCACAAGCUCAGAUUAACAGUUCAGAAACCUCUGCAGCACCACCAGCUGCAAGCACAACUAUCACACUUGGUGGCAGCAGUGCAGCUGGUGGGGGGACUGUGGACCUUUUGGGCUUGGAGCCAACUCCCCCAGCACCCUCAGCAGCAGUUUCCUCUGGUUUGAACUUCCUGGUAGAUGUGUUUGGGGAUCAGCCAUCGAGCACCACCAAUGGCUUCGACUCAACAUUUGGAAGUGGAAGCGGUGGGUUGACUCCAGGAGCUGAAGAAAACUACAAAAAAUUCAUCUGCAAGCAAAAUGGUGUUCUGUUUGAGAAUGACCUUCUUCAGAUUGGUAUCAAGUCAGAGUACAGACAGAACCUGGCUCGCGUUGGUGUUUUCUUUGGCAACAAAACCACAUUCCAGUUCACUAACUUUGUGUCUGACCUAGUCCUACCUGGCAACCUAUCAUCAGCUCUGAGUGUUCAGCCCAAGCCAGUUGACCCUACAGUUGAUGGCGGUGCCCAGGUGCAGCAGUUAUUUAACAUUGAAUGUAAAGAUGAGUUCAGCGAGGCCCCAUUGCUCAACAUUAGCUUUACGUACAGUGGAAAAGUUCAGAGAUUGUGUCUGAAGCUCCCAGUGAUCAUCAACAAAUUUCUGGAGGCAGCAGAAAUGAACUCUGAGGCAUUCUUCACCCGCUGGAAAGCUCUAUCACUACCCGAACAAGAAUGUCAAAAAAUAUUUAAAGCUCAGUAUCCUCAAGAUACAGAACAAGUUAAACAAAAGAUUUUAGGCUUUGGUCUCAGUAUUUUACUUGGCAUUGACCCCAACCCAGAUAACUUUGUUUCUUCUGGUGUCUUGCAUACUAGAAAUCAACAAGUUGGUUGUCUUGUUCGUUUAGAGCCCAAUAAGCAAAUGCAGAUGUAUCGUCUGACCAUUCGAUCAACAAAACCAAGUAUUUCACAGGCUUUAGGAGCACUUCUAGAGACUCAGUUUUAAUGUUGUUACAAACAUGUAUCCCCACACCCCUAUUCCAUUCUCUCCCUUUAGCCCCCCCAAAUGUUUUUUUUUUAUAUCAGUUCGAUUGUGUGCAGGUCACUGUGAUUCAAUUGUGGGUGAGCAAUAAAGUUGCUGUCAUCUUCCCAAAAACCUACACAUUACGACUCACCUUCCUGCCUCCUCUUUCUCUUUUUUUUUAGUAUAUGGUAAUUUAAGUGUUCUUAGUAAGCCUUGAGUUUUAGUCUGGUGAAGGAAGAGGUACAGGGACUCCAGACUUGUUCGCAUUAAGAAAGACCUGCUUAGUGAUUUUUAUGUAUUUUUAUCAUGUAUUUGUUGAUUCUACUUCUUUUCUUGGGGCUGAAUACAAUAUCUUUUUUAAGCAUUUUACUUGAUUCAAGUGUUCUUCAAGUUUUUAUAAUUUUAACAGGAUCAAAGAUUAUAAUUUGUUUAGUCUAUCACCUAAUAAGAUUGUAAUUUGUUUAGGCUAUCAACUAAUAAGAAAACAUUUUUUUUGUUUGUAACUAAUUGCCUUAGUACUCUUUAAACUACAGUUUAUUUUCUGUGAAAGAUUUUUGUUUCAAUUUCAAGCUUUAUAACCAUUCGUUAAUUUUUCUUUAUUUAUUUGAUUCAAUACAGUCUAAAGAUGCAUGCAUUAUUUAUUGUUUUGUUAGUUGCUCCAUAUUGUGUAUAUGAUUCAUAUUUUGUAGGUAGAGGGAAAGAAAACAUUUUCUCUUCCAUCCUGUACAAAACAAAUGUUAAGUGUGUAGUGCCUAGGUCCUAAAUGUUUCUACAACUCCCUUAAACAUUGUUACUGUAGGAAUUUUCUUCAUGUGGAUUUCUCUGUAUGCAUAUAGACAGCCAUUGUUUAGGGUCAUGCCAUCUGUGUGUUGUCAAUUUCUGUUUUUCUUCCCAUAUUACCUGGAUUAUUUAGUCGCUUGAUGCGCCACAUUGUGUUACUUAACUCUAACCAUAACUAGGGCGUUGUUUGUUUACAAUUUUGGUUAGUUUUAUUAUCAUUUAUUACAUACAGUUUGAUAUCAUUCUUUGCCCCCCCCCCCCAGCCCAAUAUUAUAUCACUGACAAUGCUCAUUCUUAUCUUGUAAUCCAAUGUGAUAUAUAUAGAAUACCUUUUUUUUUUUACUAUGACUGUUGAAUGGAUAGAUUAAACAUGUGUUGAAAUGUGGACACUUUGAUGUUGUGAUAUCAUUGAAAGGAACUUAGGCAUUACCUUUUAAUAAUACCGCUAGGCAUUACCUUAUACUAAUACCGCUAAGGAGGGUAUUUGCCACUAAGCCUAGUAGAUAUGGAAAGUGUGUUUAGAAGAAGUUGAUGGUCGUUUAGUUUGACUAGAAUCGAACUAUUUUUUUUAUUUCAUUGUGCUUUGAGAUUUGUUUCCACAUGAUUGACUUUGUAGUCCAAUUGAUGUAGUGAAAGUAUGUUACAAACUCAUAAUGUUUACAGAGGAGUGUCUACAUAUGUAUGUCUAAACGUGCUGUCAUAAUACUACUGAAAUUUAUUUCUACUAACCCUGCUGUACAGGAACACACACACUUUUUUUGGGGGGAGAAAAGGAGAAGGGGUGAAAAAUUUGGUUUUGUUUUGUUGUUAAAGAGGUAGGGCACUUAUGUCCCUUGAGCCUAAUGAAACCAAAGUUAAGCCAUUGUCCUUACACUGUGUUUGGAUAGAGACAGUUCAAAAAUUUAAAAAAGGAUUAUAUGACUAAUUUAACCCUUAAAGUGCUGAGCCGUUUUACUAUGAGUGCAUACAAAAUGGAAUAAACUACCACACACGUUUUAAGGGUUAAUCUGCACAAUAAAGGGAGGUAACAUUGUUACUGUCAUGUUCAUUACCCCUCUCUGUGUUGAUCUACUUUUUUUUUUCUUCUACUUAACAUUCCAAAGUUUCAGUAUCAUUUUGUUUCUGGUUAUGGUCAGUAGCUUCCAUGAUUUGGGGGGUUGUCAUCUUAGUUUGCACUUACUAUACACCUCUUGCUUUGUGAAACGUCAUACCAAGAUGAGAACAUCUUGCAGCCUUCUUCUUACUUCAUGUGUAGCUUAGCUUACCGGACUUAGUUUUUUCUUUUAAUGCUGAACUAUUAAUAAAAUAUAUUACCCGAAAACAAUUUUUUUAAAUAGUUGUAGUUGAAACCAACUUUUUUUUUGUAUUUGUGCAAUAUCUACUUUAGUGCAUGUUAUCUUUAUAAAGUUAUCCCCCUUGUAUGCUAGCAAUAAACACCUAAUGUUUCCAAAAUCUUCACGAGUUCAAACAGUAAAUGUUUAUGCAUUUUGUUUCUAUUGCAGUUAUGUUCCAUUAUGUUUUUGUGUAGAGCUAUUUGUUGUUCACACAGAAGAUAAGCAGGGUCAUUGCUAUCAUUCAGCUCUACUGUCUAGUGUCAGGUCAUCCAUUUUAUUUUAUUUUUUUCACUCAUGUAUUCAAUACUCAAAAAAUGAAAGAAGACAAAACGUUAUAAUAAUUCAUUUUCAAUGUAUCAGAACUAUAAAUUGGAUUUUUAUUUUUUAAACAUUGCUAUUUUAUCUGUUUAUCUUGAUCAGUAACAGCCCAUGUAGCAAAGUUUUAUUGGAUGGAUGGAUGGUUAUCAUUCUAAUUUCAAAGCACAAACAUUGUAGACUAGACGUAUUCCAAGAUGGACCAAAAUAUCUCUGAUUAGGUAGCUAUUACAUGUACACAUGGAUAUAAUUUAAAAUAUCUCUAGCUUAUAUUUUGUUUCCAGGAGUUGAGGAAUGUUUACAAUUGAGAUCAUUUGAUAGUGAUGUGUGCUAUAUGUGAAGCAAGCAUUUGAACUUGGAGAUUGUGGGUGUUGGUUAAUAUCAAACAUAUUCAGUGCUGGUAUUCAAGUAAUUCGCCACCAUAUCUAAGUUCCAUCCAAAUCUCUAUAAAUUUUGACCAGAAGGCCUUUAAACUACACCGUAGCGUAAUAGCCCCUGAGCUUUUUGGGUUGUUGUUUUUGUAUGUUUUAAAUGUUCACUGCUUAUGCCAAACUACUAAAGUAAAUUAACAUUUAUAAUUUGAUUGUGAGUGGUCACUUGAGGGUUAGCUUGCCUAGUUCAACAUUUCUUACCAAAAUUGUAAUUUAUUCUUCUUUUUUGAACGAUAUAUUUGUAGAAAAUAAAUGAUUGUCAUGGUCAUAUUGGGAUUACCUUUUGUUUUUUUUUUACUUUAGAUAUCUGCUAUAGAAUUUAAAAUGUCAAAUAAAACAAUACAUAUAUAAGCUUUUCUCUAGCUUUUUUUUUGUUAUGGAUACUAGAAGAAUUAGUCAACUUGUCAUUUAUUAAGCCAAAACAAACACUGACAAGAUAGGUGAUAGUGAUAUGACUGUGACAGAAAAAAAGGUUUCUAUUUUCUGUAUGUGAUAUGUAAUUAUUGCUAAACACUUGUGUAUGUUUUGUUUUGAGUUUCCAUGUCGACUGGGGCCUCAUGUCUUUAGAAUGUUAUCUGUUCUAUUGUAUACAGAACUUUCAAAUAAAAUCACUGUCCACCUUC